CAAAUAACGGCCUGCAGUGCCCCGUUAGGAAAGCUUGAGGACCGUCCAUUUUUAAGUGGCGAGAGACACCCUCACCUUCAGAGCCAUAGAAGAAUUGUGCUCUCAGGAUGAUUUCACCCACUCAAGCAGCUUAUCUCACUUGCUUCUUUGCUACCGUUUCCUGUGGAUGCCUGACUCAACUAUAUACAAACACCUUCUUCAGAGGUGGGGACCUCACGGCCUUGUACACCCCAAACGCUCAACACUGUCGGAUGAUGUGCACGUUUCAUCCUAGGUGUUUGCUCUUCAGCUUUCUUCCUGAAGGUUCCACUAAUGACACAGACAAAAGAUUUGGUUGCUUCUUGAAAGACAGUGCUACAGGAACCCUGCCAAGAGUGUCACGGACAAAUGCAAUUUCCGGACAUUCCUUAAAGCAAUGUGGUCAUCAAAUAAGUGCUUGUUACCGAGACAUUCAUAAAGGAAUUGAUAUGAGAGGAGUUAAUUUUAAUGUCUCUAAGGUAAAAAGUGUUGAAGAAUGCCAAAAAAAGUGCACCAAUAGCAUUCACUGCCAAUUUUUCACCUAUGCCACUGAGAGAUUUUAUAGUGUAGAGUACCGAAACAGCUGCCUUUUGAAGCAUGGUCCAGGAGGAACGCCCACCAGUAUAAAGGUGCUGACUCAUGUGGCAUCUGGAUUCUCUCUGAAGCCCUGUGCACUCUCAGAAACUGGUUGCCGCAUGGACAUUUUCCAGCACCUUGCAUUUUCAGAUGUGGAUGUUGGCAGAGCUGUCACCCCUGAUGCUUUUGUGUGUCAAACUAUUUGCACCUACCAUCCCAGCUGCCUCUUCUUUACAUUCUACACAAAGGCGUGGCAUCUGGAACCACAAAGAAAUGUUUGUGUUCUUAAGACUUCCAGAAGCGGGACACCAAGAUCCCCUACUCCUCAAGAAAACACCAUAUCUGGAUAUAGCCUUUUAACCUGCAAAACCUUGCCUGAGCCCUGUCAUCCCAAAAUUUACUCAGGAGUUGAUUUUGAAGGGGAAGAACUGAACGUGACCUUUGUUGAAGGAGUGAAUGUUUGCCAAGAGACUUGUACAAAGAUGAUUCGCUGUCAGUUUUUUACUUAUUCUUUACGCCCAGAAGACUGUAGAGGAAAGAAGUGCAACUGUUCCUUACGAUUAUCUUUGGAUGGUUCGCCAACUAGGAUUACGUACGGGACACGAGCGACCUCUGGUUAUUCUUUGAGGUUGUGUAAAAGUGGGGAUAGUUCUGUUUGCACAACAAAAACAAACACACGCAUUGUUGGAGGAACCAACUCUUCUUGGGGAGAGUGGCCCUGGCAAGUCAGCCUGCAAGUGAAGCUGAGAGAUCAGAGCCACCUGUGUGGAGGGUCAAUCAUUGGACACCAGUGGGUGCUAACUGCCGCCCAUUGCUUCGAUGAGCUUCCCUUGUCGAAUGUUUGGCGCAUUUAUAGUGGCAUUUUAAAACUGUCAGAGAUAACAAAAGAAACACCUUUCUCAGAAAUAAAAGAGCUUAUUAUUCACCCAAAUUACAAAAUCUCAGAUGGCGGUGGUCAUGAUAUUGCCUUAAUAAAACUCGAGACUCCUUUGAAUUAUACGGAAUUCCAAAAACCAAUAUGCCUACCUUCCAAAGCUGAUACAAAUACAAUUUAUACUAAUUGUUGGGUAACUGGAUGGGGCUUCACAAAAGAAAAAGGGGAAAUCCAAAAUACUCUGCAAAAGGCAAAUAUUCCUUUGGUACCAAAUGAAGAAUGCCAGAAAAAAUACAGAGAUUAUGAAGUAACCAAACAGAUGAUCUGUGCUGGCUAUAAAGAAGGAGGGAAAGAUGCCUGUAAGGGAGAUUCCGGUGGUCCCUUAGUUUGUAAACACAACGGAAUCUGGCAUUUGGUGGGCAUCACCAGUUGGGGUGAAGGCUGUGGCCGCAGAGAACAGCCAGGUGUCUACACCAAAGUUGCGGAGUAUGUGGACUGGAUUUUAGAGAAAACACAGGUCAGUGAUGGGCACACCAGUCUUUGAUGAAGAAACCCAGCAUGAAGAAGCUUUCUAGAGGUGGGAAAGAGCCCAGUUUGUAGUGUAAGUUUUGCAGCCUGGGUCCAAGUCAAAUAGUGAGCCUUGGGGCACUUGUCUGCAAAAACGUGGAGAGUGGUAUCUCCUUCAUGUCCUUGUCAUACGGGCAAAAAGAGACAAUGCACUCAGAGCUGCUGAGAGGAAAAUGUUGUGUAGAGGCAGGCUUUAGACAUUCAGUAACAAUGCUAAUAACAGGCGAUAACAACUGAACAUUUCCAGGAUUAUUUGUUGUGAAAUAAAAUGGCAAAAGA